CGUCCCUCGGGUUCCCGGGCGGGUGGCAAUGGCGCGGCGCGGCUGGCGUUGGGUGCGCGAGCUGUGGCUCGCGGGGCGGCCCCUAUUCCAGGGCCGCGCUCUGUUGUUCACCAACAUGCUGGGAUGUGGUGUGCUCAUGGCGGCCGGCGACGGCGCUCGUCAGUCCUGGGAGAUCCGCAUCCGACCCGGGCAAAGGUUCGACCCGCGGCGCUCAGCUCGCAUGUUUGCUGUGGGCUGCAGCAUGGGCCCCUGCCUUCACUACUGGUACCUGUGGCUGGAUCGCGUCCUCCCUGCCGCCGGCCUGCGAGGCCUCCCGAACGUCCUCAAGAAGGUCCUGGUGGACCAGCUGGUAGCAUCUCCCGUGCUGGGCGUCUGGUACUUUCUGGGCAUUGGCUGCCUGGAGGGCCAGACUCUGGAGGAGAGCUACCUAGAGUUGAGGAAUAAGUUCUGGGAAUUCUACAAGGCCGACUGGUGCAUGUGGCCUGCUGCGCAGUUGGUGAACUUCCUCUUCGUGCCACCCCAGUUCCGGGUCACCUACAUCAACUGCCUGACUCUGGGCUGGGACGCGUACCUGUCCUACCUGAAGUACCGGAUCCCCGGCCCCCUGACACCCCCUGGCUGCAUGGCCCUGGAUUCGCGCACAGACUGAGCUGCCAGCCCCAGAGCAGACGCCAGGCUGGGCAUGGUGGACCCGAGAGGAGCCCCCCACCAAGCCAGGCCCCACCGUGACUCCCACACCUAAACUGAAUUGUUUUCCCACGUGGAAUCCAGCGACCAACAUGUCAAUCUUUUUGCAUGGUGUCCGGUGAGCUAUGACCCCUGAGAUGUACAUUGCUGGCCCAGCUCCCCAUGCAGCCAGCUGGCCCAAACGGGCUGUAUUGCCACUCUGGCCAGCCCUGGACCUUACUUGAACCCGGGGACCAAGGCAAGGACAUGUGUCCCAUCACAGAAGCCAGCCUGGUGCACCCUGAAGCUUUGGAGGAGGCCAGGCAGCCUCAAGGCCUCCCACUGCUGCAGACUGUGGGGCUGCCAUUAAAUUCUCUGUGAUUCUAA